AUGACGGCCGGCGAUGCAAAGGUCACGGUGCACGUCGAGCUGGCGGGGGGCACCGAGCUCCUCCUUGCCCCGCCUCAUCAAAAGAAGCAUACCUUCCAGCUGCCCAGGACCAACCAGCACGGCAGGCAGACCGAUGUCGCAGACCUCAUCCAGCACAUCCGCAAGAACCUCGUCGUAGAGAGGGAGGAGCUCUUUGUCGACGGAAACACGGUGCGCCCUGGGAUCCUGGUCCUCAUCAACAAUGGCGACUGGGAGCUCGAGGGCGAGGGCGACUACGUUCUUCAGGACGGUGAUGAGAUCGUCUUCAUCAGCACGCUCCAUGGAGGCUGA